AUGAAUACAUUUGACUCAUCGGUGACACCUCCGACAGGCCCCGGCAGUGCUGGAGGAGCCAAAAACAACCAGUCAAGCUCGCCCACCGACACAGAUUCCUUGUCGUCGUCCACUAUCAGCAAUCGGUCCCACUUAAGCAGUGCAUCCCGAAAUGCGCGUAACUCGAACCCCCCUCAGACGUCAUACCAGUCAACCGAGUUCACUCCGAUCAACGCAACCGGCUCCGUGAGACGCGGGUAUCAGUCUACCGAGCAAGCGCAAGCUCAAGAUCCCACCACUCAGGCCAAAGACCCCCAGCCCAAUGCCAACACCAGCAAUAGCGACCAAAGUUCGAACUCCGAGUCGCAGCAGUCCUGGUAUGCCCGAUUUGCAGAUCGAUAUGGCAGCCUCGAGUUAGAGAAUAAAGGCAGUGUGGCACGCGACCACCUCGCAUUAGAACGAACCUUCCUAGCAUGGAUGCGCACAUCCCUGGCAUUCGCUUCAAUCGGCAUCGCAGUGACGCAGCUCUUCCGUCUGAACAGCACCAACGCAAAUACACACUCCGCCGCCUUCGAUCCAGCAACCGGAUACAGCUCAGGUAUCCUUCCGCCACAGUUUGCCUCGUCCGGUUACGAUGCAGCCGCUUCCUCUGCAUCCUCCCGUCUCCGUAGCGUGGGCAAACCUCUCGGAUCUACCUUUAUCGGGGUCUCCAUCCUCAUUCUUAUCGUUGGAUUCCACCGCUACUUUGAGAGCCAGUAUUGGAUUAUCCGCGGGAAGUUCCCGGCUAGUCGGGGCAGUGUGGCAUUGACGGCGUUUGUGGCUGCUGCGCUGAUUAUUGCUGCUUUUGCGGUUAUUCUGGCGGUUUCGCCAGGUGCCAUUGAGCGUUAG